AUGAGUUCGAUUACCGCUGUACAGCCGCAGCUCCUGUGGAACUUGGCUCCAACCUUCCCUCAGCAUUCACCGUUUCUUAAGCCUCCUAGAAGAGAGUCGCAACAACUAGACUUGGAGAACAUCGUUCCAUACGAGCCAUGGGCUAAAUUUGGAAACGUCGCCCCCUUUGCCAUGUGUCAUACGAACCAAUCAAGCCUUCCACGUUUACAGCCUCAUGUAAGCGCGAUGUCUCUGACAGAGACUGCUUUACCUAUUCAGCCGGCGAUCCAGCCCAUCAAUCUUCAAAACCGCGAGCUCGAAGGAAGUACGCAAGGCAUGGGAUACCCAGCAGAGGGCUACACAAAGGAUAUUCCCCACGUCUUUGUGAACCCUAAUAGAGCAAACAAAGAUUGGAAGACAAGACGAGACAAAGUCCUCCAGCGUAAUCGAGAGGCAGCCAAACGGUGUCGCCAGCGAAAGAAGCUUGUGGUAGAAGAGAUCGAGUCCCUUGCCGACGCGCAAGCAUGGCGGAACAACGAAUUACGAGGCCAGAUUGAACACCUGCGUUACGAGAUCCUUGAUCUCCACAGCGAGAUACUGAAGCAUGCGCAGUGCGAUGAUGAGCCGAUCAAGCAAUAUCUUGCGCAGAGAGUCAGAAAAAUAUCCGAGGAUCACUCAGUUGGUACGGCUAGUCCUCCGCCGAUAGAUCCACAGUUGUCGUCCUCUUUUGAAGCAAGAUUCGAGAAUGGCUCACCACCUACAACUGAUCUGCGUCCGGCAAGCGGUGGCUCACAGUAUGAUCCACAGCGCAUGGGGACCGACGCGAUACCUUUCCAUAAUACAACCCUUGCUCCAGCUUCAUCCGGUGAGCGGACUACGGAGCGGACCCUGUUUGAAUUGAUCAGUUAUUGA